GCACAUUAUCCAGACCGGUCCUCCAGAGAUAUGAGGAGAGUUUCACACUUCAUCUUGUUCGGCCAAAACAAAUAACAAGCGGCUGCGUAAAAAAACGAAACGACGCGGAUAGUCUGGAUUAUAUUUCACCGAGCUGAAGAUCAACCAGGUCUGCAGAUGAGCAACAGCAGAUGACCUUGAUGAGUUCCAGUCAGCUGAUGAAAGAGGAGUGACCACUUCAUCCUCCUCUUGUUGCACUCCAUCUAGGGACCAGUGAGGACCCCUAGGGACCCGCCUCACUUUGUCACCAUUUCCUCUCCGAGUUGGUCCCCCGAAAGUGUUUCAAAACUGUUUCUCCAACGCGUCUUCCAGAAACUCAGACUGUUUUCCAAAGCAGAAGCAGCACAGCCCUCCCAGACUGAGGUGAUGGGAAGCGUGCGAGCCAGCCGCUACAGCAUUGUGUCAUCAGAGGAGGACGGCAUGAAGCUUGCCACUAUGGCAGUACCCAACGGCUACGGGAACGGCAAGAGCAAGGUGCACACGAGGCACCAGCCGCAAAGCAGAUUUGUAAAGAAAGACGGUCACUGCAACGUGCAGUUCAUCAACGUGAGCGAGAAAGGUCAGCGCUACUUGGCUGACAUCUUCACGACGUGCGUGGACAUCCGCUGGAGGUGGAUGUUCAUCAUCUUCUGCCUCGCCUUCCUCCUGUCGUGGCUGUUCUUCGGCUGCGUCUUCUGGCUGGUGGCCAUCUUCCACGGGGACUUGGAAAAUAACGCCCAGAAGUGCGUCUCCAACGUGAGCAGCUUCACCGCUGCCUUCCUGUUCUCCAUCGAGACCCAAACGACUAUUGGCUACGGCUACAGAUACGUGACGGAUGAGUGCCCUGUCGCGGUCUUCAUGGUGGUUUUCCAAAGCAUCGUGGGCUGCAUUAUUGACGCCUUCAUCAUUGGCGCCGUCAUGGCAAAGAUGGCAAAACCCAAGAAGAGGAAUGAGACUUUGGUUUUCAGCCAUAAUGCCACAGUGGCCAUGAGGGACAACAAGCUCUGCCUGAUGUGGCGCGUGGGGAACUUAAGGAAGAGCCACCUGGUCGAGGCACACGUGCGGGCGCAACUUCUAAAAUCCCGGACGACAGCGGAGGGGGAGUACAUCCCCCUCGACCAGAUGGACAUAAAUGUGGGCUUCGACAGCGGAGUCGACCGCAUCUUCCUGGUCUCCCCCAUCACCAUCGUCCACGAGAUCAACGAAGCCAGCCCCUUCUACGACAAGAGCAAACAGGACCUGGAGAACUCCGAGUUUGAAAUCGUGGUCAUCCUGGAGGGCAUGGUGGAGGCGACCGCCAUGACCACGCAGUGCCGCAGCUCCUACGUCUCCGGCGAGAUCCUCUGGGGCCAUCGGUUCGAGCCCGUGCUCUUCGAGGAGAAGAACUACUACAAGGUGGACUAUUCCUGCUUCCAUAAGACAUACGAGGUGCCGAGCACCCCCCUGUGCAGCGCCAGAGACCUCGCGGAGAAAAAAUACAUCCUCUCAAACUCCAACUCCUUCUGCUACGAGAACGAGAUGGCGCUGGAGAACAAAGAGGACACGGACGAGGGGAACGGGGGCAGCGUUGGGCCCGACGGCACCCAGACGGACAACAUCUCAGAGACCGAGCACAGCCCAGCCACGGUGCCGCUGGAGCCCCGGCCUCUGAGACGAGAGUCCGAAAUAUGACUGUUCAGACCUCAGACCUCGUGUGAGGGAUUUUCUAAAAUCACCUCUCUGCUCCGAAAGGCACAACGAGCCGAGCCGGGCCGUGGGUAGAGGACGAGCCGAACGGUACUGCUGUGGGAGGCGGCGAAGUUUAGGACUGUGUAUGUAAGAGUCUGCUUGAACUUUGACUACAUACAGUAUAACGAACACACAGCACUAUGAACUAUGUGCAUAUUGCAGGAAGAAUUCUCCAUGAAGUCCCCAUGAAUGUGUGUCUGGUGACUGCAAGAGGAAGGAGGUUGUUGUUGGGGAGGCAUGUCUCAGUUUCUCUGUCCGGCAUGAACAAAGGUGGUUUUUAUAGUUAGAAGAUGUUCUCAAGUGCUGCUAGAAAAUAGUGCAAGUUGUGCCUUCUCAUAGAACCAAAGAGUACACGUAGAUGUCUGGAACAAAGAAGGUACAAGUCGAGUAUUUGUUCACGAGCUGGUCUCAUCGCAGACAUCAAAAAUAAACUGCACCAACAAACUUUCUGUAUGCAAAACUUUGAUUUCCUCUGACUUGACAGCACUGAUUUUCUGCUUUCUCCUUUGCAGUUCUUGAUCUGAGAGACUGUUCAUAGCUGGUCAGACUGAUAGAAACAUGCCUGCUCACAUCCAGAGAUGGAGCAGGGGAGUAUUAAAUCAAACUGACAGAAAUAAAUCAUUAAUUUAACGAGAGACCGGGAUAAUAUGAGAAUCUGAAUGUUCUUAAAAGUGCUGCUAUGAUGUUGCUUCUUCUUUUUCUUUUCUUUUUUUUUACGGUUGAUAAAUAAAUACCAAAGAGUAUUAUUAUCAUAGUUAUGUGUUUCUUAAAAACAACACCUGCUUAGUUUUGGUACAGAGAACGUUUAGGAAGUUUUACUAAGGUUUGUUUUUAAAGAAUGUGUGUACAGUUUCUUUUUUUUUCUUUUUUUACGUCGAUCAUCUUUAUCUUGAGCCACCUCAUCAAGCCUUAAUCUGGAAAGUCAAAAAGGGGAAGAUGUAUAAAUCAAAGUGUCAAAGGCUUUACUGCAGAGGACAGGAAACUAAAACAAUAACUCACUGAUGUUUCGGGGGAUUUUUAGGCGUCAGCUUGAAACCAAAAAGUUGAUUUUUAAAGCCAAACUAGCUUUUAAAAAGGUUAUGAAAUAUAUGAAGUGGAAUGUGAUGAAAGAAGUACAUCUCCUUUUAUAACGUCUGAAUCUGAUACGCUGUUAUGAUUGGAGAUGGUCAAAAAAAAAACUUUUCUUGCAAAAAAUAUCAAAUCCAAGUAAAACAUUUUCAACGCCACGUUCCCUUUUUAAACAAAUCAGCUUGUUUCAUUAUCAACAGUUUUCAUUCCCUGCUGUAAAGCUUUUGUUUCACUUGAGAAUGUAAGAUUUGAAGAAGCCACACGUACUGUAACCCGGCAUAUGAAGGUGUUCUGCACAAGAGUUUGCAUCAAUACAAAUUUAUAUCCUGAAUCUUUGUUUUGUUUUUUUAAAGAAAAACCAGUGACUGAAGGCCACUCGGCCGCCAACAUGUGUAAAUACCUCCCUCCCUGUUGCAGUUAUUUUGUAUCAGUCUUCCUAAUGUACUGCAAAACCACGGAAUGUACAGAUUUUUGUAUUAAUAUUAUUAUUAUUAUUAUUAUUAUUAUUAUUAUUAUUAUUGUACAUGAUAUUAUAUUGUUCUUUUUUCAAUAAAAUGUCAGUGGACAAUCA